ACAAAAAUAUGAAGAUCGAGUUCUGAAAUCUCAAUAAAAAUUAAAAAACUCAAACAAUCGAAAAUGGAUUCUUCAGAAGCAGAGGAGUCUGAAAAUUUAAAUUUUAAGCUUUGUUUUUCUAAUGUUAAUAACCAAACAUCAAUCACAAAUAGUAAAAAUAAUAUUAUACAUAAAUUAUUUAAUAGAGAGGUAUAUGGUAGUACAUCUAAAAAAUCUAAUGAAAGACAUCGUAAAGUAUUAGACAGGAUACCAGCGCGCCUACGGUUCUGUCUGAUGGACAUUGUUCCUAUAGAAUGUUUAAGAAACCACAUAUUCAUGGGAUUUUCGCAAUGUGGACAGUACCUUCUUAGUUUCACGUUUAGCAGUAGAACACGAGGAUUUGAAGAGAGUACCAAGUACACAUUACAUUUCCUCUCAUGGGUGCCUGGGAAGUUAGUGAAGCCAGUACACAGUGUGCCUCUUUUUGGAGACGAAUGUGUGGACAGCAACAUCACAAUAUCAAUGGCUCAGUGGAAGCAUAAUACUAGUGUUUUAGUUGUCUAUGGCAUUGCGAAACACGAUUUAUGUUCUGAUAGAUCCUACCUCAGUGUUAUUGGAGUACCUCAAUUAGGAUGUAGGAAAUGUUCUUCCAUGUCUAAAGAAGAUGACCUCAGCUGGGGUCAACGUUGCUUAGAACACAACUUUGCAAUUCACACAAAAUUCUUUUGCACAUCGGAUAGUAAUAUAUAUGAACCAGUAGUACACCUAGCAUAUUCAAAUCAAAUUGUGAUAUACACAGACUUUAUACAUGUUCUAGAAAUAGACUUUGUUAAGCCGGACCAUGAUAGAUAUGAUAAAAUAGAUAACCUUGAAGAGAAAGUUGUUGUAGAUAGAGAAGAAAAUAGUUCAGUGGAUAUGAAUCCUGCUACACCAACUUCUGAUUUUUCUGCUCCAUUUCUCUCUCCGAAAUACCAAACUAAUGUAGUGCAGAAUAUACUGGCAGAUUUUUCCGACUUAGAAAUGGAGCCGAAUCAAAUAUCACGGCCAGUUUAUCUACCUGAUAUGAUGGGUCAAGAAUUAUGCAUACAAGCAUCUUCAAUAUCACACUAUCUAAUGGAGGAAUGGGAGGGACCCUCACCAUCCAUCAGGACCUUAAUAAGUCCUCCAUUGAGGUCCCCAAGAAGAAACCCAGCCGAGAGUAUGUCCAGGUUUAACGAGUCUCAUAGAGUUAUAGCUGAUAAGGCAUAUGAAUUUGUAGAAGAGACAGAAAAGUGCGAGAAACUUAGUAUGUUUAGAAAACGACGGCUAGCAGAUAAGAAAUAUGAAUUUUCAGAGGAUAAUAACGAGAAUAUCAUUCCGUUUAGAGUUUUAAGAAGUAAUAGAAAAUAUUUCACUGGUUCAACGAGUAAGAUUAGGAGGGCGAAGUCCCCAUCUGUGGAAAGUGUGGUGUUGCGGGCUCACAACCAAAUCAGUAGACCGCCAUCUCCAACGACAAGUACAGAACUAAAGAACCCCAAUAUAUUAUCGCUGGAAUCGGACAGAAAUAGUGAAUCAGAGUAUAGAGUCACCGAGAUGUUGGACGAUGGAUCUCUAAAGACUGUGUCUGUACAUGAUAAUACCUCAAAGACGUUAUCGGACUGCCCAGUUAGUGAUCAAGAUCCAUAUUUAGUGCAUUCGGGGAAUUCUAAGUGUAGUAAACUGUUUACGCGGUAUUUUGUUGAAAGUGACGAUGAGGUAACUUCAAUUUUAACAGAUUCUGAUGAUGAUUGUAUAUCCGGGUACCACGUCGCGUUACCUCUGACGGGCCAUGGAGCCAGCUAUACCCCCCUACAGGCCAUCAGCUCUGGGGCAUGGGACAGAUUAAAAAGCAGUUCACCCCCUGCCUUACCACCACUCACCUUAAGAGCGCAACAAAGAUCGCUGGACACCGAGUUGCUAUGCAAUGAAGUGUGUGGUAGACUGUGCAAGAUCUCGGGCAAGAAGUUCAUAUACUGCUUCGAUUGGGGCUGUCAUGUUAUUGAUGUGUGCCAGUCUAGUGGCUGUCUUUCUGGGCUUUGCGCCAUGUGGUUGUGGGCGAGUGACCCUCGCGAAAGGGGCGAAGAGGACGAGGGCUGGUGCGAGGCGUGUAAGGAUGCCGCGGGAGGUUGCGUCAUGCAUCGCAGGCAGUACACCGCUGAGUGCCUAUUCACAUACAACUUGGUGAGUGGCGAAUAUCUUACAGAGAAAGUGGCCAUGACAGAAGAUAACAGCCAGGAAGGCUGUAGAGUAUCGGGCGCUGCGCGCGCGCGUGAACUUGCAAAGGAACUUGGACCGAUAAAUUUUCCACCUCAUGAGAACCGGCUGCUCACAACGCUUACUGGCAAAUCGCUCAGGAGAUUAACAGAUUUUGACAAUUGUGUGGAAAUAACAAAAAAACACGAUGACAGCUCGGAAUCCGAAUACUCUUCAGACGAAAUCUCUCCCUCUGAUGACGAAGACUGAACUUAGUGUUUAGGAACAUUCAAAUUGUAUUGUAUUUUUUACCGAUUUUUUGACAAUGAGUUUGACAUUGACACAAAGUAGCCAAACAGUAAAUGACAAACAAAAUACAUUAUGGGUAUAUAAUUUCAUUAAUUACUUGAAAUAUGAAAAUGUACGUAUCCGGUAAAAAGAGACAUUGUUAUUGAUUUGUUCUUUUGUUUUGAUUAAUGUCAUACUUUUUGCAUCAUAGAUCUCUUCUAUGUCUGGUUCCUUAUAAUAAAUACCAGAUGCGUUUAGAAUAUAAAAUGAUAAAUCUGAAUUGAUUAUCGUUGUCGCCAUCCAUUUUGUUUGUGGUAUACUCAGAAAUAAAUACUUGUUGAAAAGGUUUAUUUUAAAAGUCUCUUAGUAAUUACAUGAAACUUUUAAUUAAAAUGGUAUUGGUAUGUAAUGAGGUGGUAAUCGGCGUACGUGAUAAAAAAUCCUAUAUCUAAUUUUAGAUGUAAAGAAAUAUGAAGGAGAUUGAUAAUGGUUCCAACAUUGUUGUUGGAAAGGUUUAUCUUCAUAUCUAGAGGAAAGAUAUUUCAAACACGAUAUAUUUAUCUUUAUUCAACGUUACCUUAAAGAAAGAGACGACAUAUCAAAAUUUAAAUAACACCCGCAUUCUACAUGUAAACAGAAUAUUUGUUUCAUCUGUCAAAUUGACAAGUAUUAAAAUGACACUUCAAUUCUGAGCAUUUUUAUGACACUGCCGCGCCAACCCAUUUGCCAUGGGGUCUAUAAUAAAGGCUUAGCAACUCUUUCAGAUUGACAACGCGCUCGAGAAUUCUGGCGUUGUAAGUGCCAUGGGCGGUAUCACUUAACAUCAACUGACCUACCUGACCGUUGGCCCUCUGUUCUAUAAAAAAUACCACCAUAAACAAGCUUAGCUUUUAUCUUUUAGGAUACGGACUUUAGUUGGCUGUGACUUCUAACAAAUUGUAAAACAGGACUCGAAUGAUAUUUUUUUAAACUGGAUAACUUUCUCUCAAUAUAAGACUGAUAUAACAUAAAGCAAUAAAUUUAAAACGCAAUUACAAUUCAUCCGUAUUCAAGAUAAUUUAUUUGACCUAUUAGAAUGUCCAAAAGUAACAUUUAAAAAAUCUAUGAUGUUCUAUUUUAGACUAAACGGCUCUCAUGCACUAAAUUGGGUUUAUGAGUUAAAUUAUAGUGCUCAAUGCAUUUAUUAUUUAAAAGGGUGAUUGAUUACCUUAGUUUUGCAUAAUACAUUUAUCACAAAGUUAUAAAUUAGUGUUUUUAAAAAUUUAUUAUAAACCUAUCAUCACAAAUAUUGCUAAAAAUGCAAAUUUAAUAACAGUAUAUAAAUAAGUACAAGAAAUAAUACGCUUGCUUAGUAGUAAUAUAAAAUCUGUGAAAAUUUGAUUGCCAUACAUUUUAUUUUAUAGCAAUGCUGUUAGUAUUAAAAUGGUAUUAUAAGAUUUCAACUUUCAGAUAUUUUGUCGAAUGAAACUCAAGUUAUACCAUAUAUUAGCUAUAUUAAGAGUUUAAAUGGACAACGAAAAUCUUGUAUCUGUACAGCAAACUUCUCAUCUAUUUAUGUCCUUGCCCUUUUCAUAAAUAUACUUUAAACACCAAAUUGCUGCAAAAUAAUUUGGUCCUUCAUCACUCUAGGCCUUUAAAUAACAUCACUAAAAGUUUUUUCUAUUAUAGUUUUAAAGUAUGUUUUUUAUAAGGGGGUAAAUAUGAAUUUUGUUUCCAUUGAUGUCAGACAUUAAUUAAAAUGUAUUAAACAAUUUGAUGUAUAAAUGUUUUGUAAAGAAACGAAAAAGGUUGUGUGUUUUGAUACUGGUUAUGUGUUUAAUGAUAGUAUGUUGUAAAUAGCCUUGAUCAUCUACAAUUUUGAGGGUUUUACUAGUCAUUUGAAGAUUUAAAUUAACUCUUUAUAUGCCAAAGCAACUAGCAGUUCAAUAAUGUGUGUUCACUUUUUUGACAUUAAUAUGAGGAAUAAGUUACUUUGUGGUUGUGGCUAUGGCAAGCCUUUUAACAUACCUAUAGUAGUCUCUUAAACUUUGAAAGUUUAUUAACAGAAACUGUUAUAUACAUUUGUAGGAAUGUGUGAUCCUUGAUAGAUAUUCCUAAUCAUAAUAACUGUGAACUGUAUUUAACUGGCUAUAUUAAUAUUUGCUAAUUCUAUAAGAAACAAGUUACAAUCUUGUAGAUGAUCUAAAUGUAUGGAAUUUAAUUAUUAAAAAUCUACUCAACAAUCCGUCAAUGGAUUAGGAUAUUGCAUUUAAUAUUAUAAUGUAGUCGCAAUAUUAAAUUGA